AUGUCGUUCGCACCGCCUUGUGCGCGCCCAUUCUCAUCUCAGCUCAGUCUAGCGGCACGCUUCGCUAGCUCUCGCUUCCUUUCAACCUUCGACCUGCGCAGCCAAGAAGGCAGGCCGUCAGAAGGGAACGUCCAGCACGGCGUGGGUGAGCCAAUUGCAGCAUGUACAGCGGUCCCAUCCGGUGAGUCACUCGACUGGCAUUUCAAUGCAGCGCAGUUCCUGCAAGUCUCAAAGCCUGGAACAGGCUCACCGACACACUUGUGCUUUCCAAUUCGACUCAGAGGAGGCACUCGAGGAGGGCAGGCAGAAUUCACUUGGGAUUCGGUACGCACGGACCAGCAUCGAGAAAAUUAUCUGGGCCACAGCGUUCAAGCUCCCACAGGUCGCUGGCAAGCGGGUAGGGAUGUCAACUGGUACAAUAAGGGUAAGGAUAAAGGGAACGAUGCAUCGGAGGCCGAGGCUAAAGCUGCAGAGCAGAGGAGAGCCGAAUUGUCGGAGAUCAAGGCGAGGGAGGAGGAGGAGAUGAACAAAAGGCUCGGUAUCAAAGCGGGAGUUCUUGGCUCGUCGAGCGGACCAGGAGCAGCACUGCUGCGCGGCUCUCGCGAUCUAGGCUCCGCCGUAGGUAGCAGCAGCAGCACCGGGGCCAACACUGCGCCUCUGUCAUCGGCCUCGAAGUGGGGCAAGACAGGGCCAAGCGCUGCUGCGGAGGAAAAGGAACGCGUCGAUGACUUGACGAAAGAGGAGAGAAGUCUGGCCAAGAAGCUGGCCAAGGAAGAAGUUCGGAAAGCGAGGCAUGACGAGAAAAUUCGGGUGCGGGCCAUUCGAGCCGAAAGACGAAGAGCAAGGGAAGAAGAAGAAAGGGACGCAACCCGAGAAGACGCUAGAGCGUUCGAUAGACGUAGAGCAGCGCGAUCGGACGAAGAAGAUGCGCGCGGAGGCGAGAAGGUGCGUCGGGCACGGAGCGGCGGUGAGCAGGGCUCCGGAAGGGGCAAUGCUGCUCGCGAGCGAGAGGUGCGGCACAGCCCGAGGCGGCAUGAAGAGCGACGCGCAGACUAUCGCGAACAGCAUCGCCGCGUCCAGAGCCGCAGUCCCGAGCGCGCCAGGAGCAGACUCGUUCGACCACAGAGCGCUCAAAACGAGGCACGCUCCUCGAACGCAUUUGACUCGAAGCGCGCUCGCGAAGUCGGCGCUGGUCGGCGUCAUUCUCCUCCCGGCGAGUAUCACCGCCGGAGCUCAACAUCGCGAUCUCCACCUCCUCGUUCGCUUGCGCGUCGCUCGUAG